AAGGAGGGGCACCUCUCCAUCCACCUCUAGCGGCCAGGUCACCUUCCCGCCUGUGCCAGGGAAGGGGGAAGGACUCAGGACCGCUGCCCAAGUGCCACCGGGGCUUCUCCCUCUCCUGCGGUUCCGGGCGUCGUCUCCUCGAGAGGCACCCACCGGACCAAGAUGAAGUGGUGCGGGCUGCUGCUGGCGGGGCUGCUGCUGGCCACGGUCGGCCCCGUGGCCCGGGGUGAGGAAGGGCUGGAUUUCCCCGAGUACGACGGCAUCGACCGGGUGGUGGACAUCAACGCCAAGAACUACAAGGCCGUCCUGAAGAAGUACGAGGUCCUGGCACUGCUCUACCACGAGCCGGUGGGGGACGACAAGGCUUCGCAGAAGCAGUUUGAGCUGGAGGAGCUGAUUCUGGAGUUAGCAGCCCAAGUCCUGGAGGAUAAAGGGGUCGGGAUUGGCCUGGUGGACUCGGAGAAGGACGCUGCAGUGGCCAAAAAACUAGGGCUGAUCGAGGAAGACAGCGUGUACGUGUUCAAAGACGACGAAGUCAUCGAGUACGAUGGCGAGUUUUCUGCUGACACCUUGGUGGAGUUCCUCCUCGAUGUGCUGGAGGACCCGGUGGAGUUUAUCGAAGGAGAACACGAGCUCCAAGCAUUUGAGAAUAUUGAGGAUGAGCCCAAACUCAUUGGAUACUUCAAGAACGAAGACUCCGAACAUUUCAAGGCCUUCAUAGAUGCUGCCGAGGAGUUUCACCCCUACAUCCCCUUCUUUGCAACUUUUGACAGCAAGGUUGCAAAGAAACUGUCCAUGAAAUUGAAUGAGAUUGACUAUUAUGAGCCUUUUAUGGAGGAGCCGGUCACCAUCCCAGACAAACCCAACAGCGAGGAAGAAAUUGUGCAGUUCAUGGAGGAGCACAAGAGGCCAACGCUGAGAAAACUCCAGCCGGACAGCAUGUAUGAAACCUGGGAGGAUGAUAUUGACGGCAUCCACAUUGUUGCCUUCGCAGAGGAGGAUGACCCUGAUGGUUAUGAGUUCCUGGAGAUCCUGAAGGAUGUUGCCCAAGACAACACAGACAACCCAGACCUGAGCAUCAUCUGGAUUGAUCCCGAGGACUUCCCAAUGCUGAUCCCAUACUGGGAGAGGACUUUUGACAUCGACUUGUCCCGGCCUCAGAUUGGAGUUGUCAAUGUAACAGAUGCGGAUAGCAUUUGGCUGGAAAUGGACGAUGAGGAUGACCUUCCGUCUGCGGACGAGUUGGAAGACUGGAUUGAGGACGUGCUGGAAGGAGAGAUAAACACAGAGGACGAUGAUGAUGACGACGACGAUGACGACGACGAUGACGAUGACGACUAGAGAUUGGCGCCUCCCAUUUUCGUAAAAGGCGGGCCCUGCCUGGGGGUUGGCCUGUGUUGCCUCUUUUCCCAGAGUGCCACACAGGCGACCACGACAGCAGUGCGUUUGGCCUGCACGAAAGCGGUGCCAUCAGAACCCUGACAAGAACGUCUUUUUAUAUUGAUCCUAUUUAAGUCAAAGCCUCCCCCCCAUCUUGUGCUUACUUCCCUCCCCCCCAACAAACACACAACCCUCUGGAGACCCCAGUCUGCCCCUCUUCCAGUGCAGAGGAGGUAUUGGGUUUUGCCAAGGAUCACCUGCUCCCAUCCCAUCCC